UGUACUCUAGUAAUAUCAGUAGCAAGCAUAUUUAGGUGUUUUAAAGAGAUUAGCAAUAUAAGAGGAAGGAAUGGGCCACAAAACUAGAAAAGACGUCAUACAUUCCUUUCAAGUGAACUUCUUCGCUAUGGGUAUUUUAAAUACAUUUCCAUGGGAUUCUUUAGACAAAGAACUUACAACUUCAAAACCUUCAGACAUCAUAAUGGACAUUCUUCAGAAGACAUGUUUACAUCCCAUUUGUCUCAAGAAUCCCCCCUCUUUAAAAUACAGAAGACGCUUCCUAACAGAAUUGAUAAAAAGGCAUGAGAUGAUAGCCGCUGAACCUCUGGAUGAACUGUAUGAAGCGCUAGGAGAGCUCAUGUGUGCUCAGGAGGAGGACGUAUGCUACAAAACCUACUUUCUGCCAACAGGUGAUGCGGUUAGUCUAGCAGAGAACGUGGCCCUCAUCGCUCAGGGCACCACAGGUCUGGUUACCUGGGAGGCUGCCCUGUACCUGGCUGAAUGGGCUCUGGAAAAUACACACAUCUUCAAAAGCAAGACAGUGCUAGAGCUGGGCAGUGGAAUUGGACUUACGGGCAUUGUAGUAUGUCGGUCAUCCAGCCUAACCAAAUAUAUCUUCAGCGACUGCCAUCAAACUGUGCUUCAGAGGCUGAAGGACAAUAUCACAAACUGCUUAACUAACUCUGACAGCAACAGUGCAUCAGCGAGCGUGGAGGAAUUGCACUGGGAAAAUGUGUCUGAUGAACAGCUGCAAAGAAUACAGGCCAACACCAUCAUUGCUGCAGAUGUGGUGUACGAUCCUGAGACAAAUGCUUGUUUGGUGAAGCUGCUGAGCAGGCUUCUAAACUGCAAAGUUCAAGAAAACCAUCCUGAUGUUUACAUUGCAUCCACUGUACGUAACCCACAGACGUAUGACUGUUUCAAGGAAGAAUUGGAAAGGGCUGGACUGAGACAUGUCAUCAUGAAGGAUUCUGUUGCUCAAGUAUUUCCAUACAACCGAGCCUCCACUAUAGAAAUGAUCAAAAUAUAUGUAUGACAAAAACGAUCUCUUUGUAAUAAAGUGUUUAUUUACAUAUUA